GAAUGCCACAGAAAAAGACAUUAGCUAUAUUUAUUUAAGUAUUUUUUUAUUUAAAAAAGAAAUUAGUGAAAAAAAGAAGAUUUGCCCUCUUCCCAAGCGCUUCCCAAAUCUCAGACCCUAAAAAUCUCUGUUCUUGUGCGUCAAUGGCGGCCUUGUCAUCCUCAUCAACCUCCUACUCUUCCUCGGAUUCCUCGUCCGACUUGUCUUCCUCACACGCCAAACGACGUCAUCAUCGCAGCAACCGUCGCGACAGAGACAGAGAGUCUCUCAAGAUCCGGAAUAAGAGUCAUUCGCUAGAAGUGACAGUUCUUCGGAUAUUGAGCAUGAGUUCAAUCAUUCAAAGGUUAUUAGUUGAAGAAGGUGACAGGCCAAAGAAGUUGAAGGAAAAAGAACAGAGCACGAGUCAUCAAUAUAAAUGUCACAAGCAUAAAGUUAAAGAGUUUCUUGGGCGUGACAAGGAUAGUGGCGUAUGCAGUAGUACUGUAUCUGAUUCUAUUAAAACUUGAUAAGUCAAAGGAGGAUAAAGAGGCUGAGAGCAAAAGAAAUGAAUUAUUGAAGUUCUUAAAUGCUAGUUUUGGUUAACUUGGUGGGGCAGAAGUUCAAAUUGUAUUACGAAGGUAAGAUUGAUGGGGUGCGGUAUACCUUCUCAGCAUAAAAAUUCAAGUAUCUUUCCGAAGAUCAGGUUAAUCAUUGCUUUACAUCACAUUUAUAAAUCAUGUUUUCAUUAGUCCUUACAGAAUGUAGAAUAUCAUUAAUUUAAGCCUUUGAGAUUUUGUGAGAAUUAUGGUGAAUUGCUCAGAUCUCAGUGUUGUAUUUCAUGGAUUUGGUGCUUUCCUUCAUAUAUUGACUUUAUGUGAUCAAUCCUACAAAUUGAUGAGUA